ACGUACUGAAGGUGGUUGACACGUUUGAAUUCGGCCGAAAUGAAUUUGCCGCCGCGGUCAGGGAUGAUGAUGCGGAUGCGUUGGCGACCGAAGGGUUCGAUGUACGUAUAAAAGCGGGCGAUGGUGGCGGCGUCGUCGUCUUUGUGUUUAAGGCGUUCCCCAUAUUCAAGGCCAGUGGUGCGUUCAUGAUAACGUAUAGUGCAGGCAUGACCGCCAUAGCUUUCUUUAAAUCAUCCCUUCUUGCAUAUCGCUGA